AUGUCGGAAUUACAAUCGGUUGAUUCGUUCAACUCUGACUCGUCGUCGCAGUUCCAAGAUGACCAGCAGCAACCACAGGAGUACGUGCCAUCGGGCACGAACCGCAACGGCAACCAGCUGAGCUUGACGAGAACCGAAACGGUCAAGUCUCUGCAGGACAUGGGGAUGACGUCGGACGCUCCGGUGCCGGAUGUCAAUGCUCCGCAGACGAAUACGAAAACCGCGAUUUUCCCAGAGGAGUACACGAUGGAGACUCCGACGGGGCUGGUGCCGGUGGCCACCUUGCAGAGCAUCGGGAGAACGUCGACGGCGAUCUCGCGGACCCGGACCAGACAGAUGGACCGCACGUCGUCGGUGUCCAGCUCCAUAGACGGUACGCACUCCAGCGAGGAGAUAAACAAGGAGAAGAACGCGAACGCGGACCAGAACCAGACGGACGACUUGGAUCCCGAGAUCGAGUUCGUCACGUUCGUGACGAACGAUCCCAACAAUCCGCACAAUUGGCCGCUCUGGGUUCGUUGGUCCUUCACGAUUAUCCUUUCGUGCCUGGUUGUGUGCGUUGCGUACGGCUCUGCUUGUAUUGCGGGUGGUUUGUUCACGGUUUCGGAGAAAUACCAUGUUGGGUCGGAGGUCGCUGUGCUUUCUGUGUCUUUGAUGGUUAUUGGUUUCUCGCUCGGUCCUCUGAUUUGGUCGCCGGUGAGCGACCUUUACGGAAGACGAGUGGCAUAUUUUGUCUCCAUGGGUCUCUACACGAUCUUCAACAUUCCUUGCGCCAUCUCGCCAAACAUUUCGGGGCUGAUGGUGUGUCGGUUUUUGUGUGGAGUGUUUGCCUCUUCCGCCCUGUGUCUUGUCGGUGGUUCCAUCGCUGACAUGUUCCCAAGUUCUACCAGAGGUAAGGCUAUUGCCUUCUUUGCCUUUGCACCUUACGCGGGACCAGCCGUGGGCCCGAUUGUCAAUGGAUUCAUCUCGGUAUCUACUCGUAGAAUGGAUCUUAUUUUCUGGGUCAAUAUGGCGUUUGCCGGUGUGAUGUGGAUUAUUGUAGCCUUCAUUCCGGAAACAUAUGCGCCUGUCAUCUUGAAGAGACGUGCCGCGAAGUUGAGAAAAGAGACGGGCAAUGCGAAAAUCAUGACGGAGCAGGAAGCGCAAGGUGUCAGUAUCAAUGAGAUGAUGAAGGCAUGUCUGAUCAGACCGCUAUACUUCGCUGCAACCGAGCCAGUUCUGGACGCGACGUGUUUCUAUGUCUGUCUGAUUUACUCCCUUCUGUACGCAUUUUUCUUCGCUUACCCAGUGAUUUUCAGUGAGCUCUACGGCUACAAAGAUAACUAUAUUGGUUUGAUGUUAAUUCCUAUUUUGAUAGGUGCAAUAAUGGCGCUGGGUUUCACAUUUUGGUGUGAGAGUCAGUACCUGAAACUCAUUAAAACCCGUAAGGCUACGCCAGAGGACCGUUUGCUAGGAGCCAUGAUUGGUUCACCAUUUGCUGCUAUUGCAUUGUGGAUUCUUGGUGCAACCGCAGAAAAACAUGUUAUCUGGGUCGGCCCCGCUUCUUCAGGUAUUGCCUUUGGUUUUGGUAUGGUGUUGAUUUAUUAUAGUUUGAACAAUUAUAUCAUUGAUUGUUAUGUGCAAUACGCUUCCAGUGCUCUAGCCACCAAGGUCUUCCUGAGAUCGGCGGGUGGUGCUGCUUUCCCUCUAUUCACAACUCAGAUGUAUCACAAAUUAGGAUUGCAUUGGGCAAGUUGGUUAUUGGCUUUUAUUUCUACAGCGAUGAUUGCAUUACCAUUUGGAUUCAAGAAGUGGGGUAAGGAGUUGAGACACAAAUUGUCAAGCAAGGAUUACUCUAUCGAUUCAAUUGAUGCUUAG